CCAGGGUUUCACAUCCGCCAGUCUAAGUCCGAUCCUUUAUUGUUGUCUAAUGUUAACUACUCACAUUUCGACUACAAUGAUAUUGACAAUAUCAGCUUCCACAAAACGACGCUACUGUAUGAGUGGAGCCAUCAGGCUGGAUUUUGGGACCCAGAUCACUGUCACAGUAUGGAAGACUUCCAGUCAUAUAGAGAUAACGGCGUGUUGACACUAGAGGAAUUACGAAACCAUUAUAGCUCCUGCUUUACGUGUGGGGUGAGUUGGAGUGAGGACCAUGUGUCUCUGGACUGUUCAGAAUGUGGUGGAUAUGCGAUGCAACGUCCGUGUCCUGCUUGUGACGGACAGUGCUGUAGCAUCUGGAGCAGAGACAUGGCAGCAUCUCACCACAGCAGACAAGCCAAGUGGGAGGGCCAGUGCAAAGGGGGCUGGAAAGUUCCAGAGAGGUUGCUAUAGCCAUAAGGACCCCACUGAGCUUCUUUCAGAAGCUGUUACAAACAUGAAAAACAAUUUAUGACCAGUUUAUUUAUAUAUAUAUAUAUAUAUAUAUAUAUUAAUGAUGUAAAAGUUUAAAAAAUUGGCAUUUGUAAAUAACAAAAAUGUACAAUAACUUAUAUGUGUUUGCAAUAUUUUUCUGUGAAGGAAAGGAGUGUUAAUAUCUUGUUCAGUUUCGAUUAUUUUACUUGUUUCAACCAUCUGUUGUUUAUUUUGACUAUCUCCAAGGUACUUUUGAAAGGUUUUCGUGAACUUGAUAAUUUUUUCAAUGUAUUUAGGUCGCUCAAAGCUUUCACAUUAACAGAAGCCUAUAAAUAACUACCACUGAGCUAAUGGAGUCUUAUCCUUAAAUAUUUGUUGGCCGAGAAAGAAAUCUGGGGUACUAGAAUUAAAGUAUCUGAAUAAUACGAUACCAAUUUGUAAUGUUUGGUUAUAGUCAAGAAACUAAAUUAAA